CCCUCUUCUCCAACAUCCAUGGCUACACCAUGUUCACCAAGGAAAAACAAGGGUCACUUGGAUGGUAAAUCAACUCAGUCAUAUGGACCAUGUUACCAUUGGCAUCUCCACAUCAAGCUGCUGGUUCACUGUAUUAUUCUGCUUUUGUUGUCGAGCCACUGUUAUUCUGACAACAAGCCUGAUGUUGAAGGCGAAGCUUUAAUCGAACUUCUAAAAGCUCUAAAUGACACCGAUGGGAUAAUCACAGAUUGGAAUGACUUCUUGGUUAGCCCUUGCUAUAGUUGGUCACAUGUUAUCUGUGAUCAUAAAUCCGGAAAUGUCAUAUCCUUGAGCUUGGGUUCGAUCGGAUUUUCAGGGACGCUCUCACGUUCGAUAACCAAACUGAAGUUUUUGACCAACUUGGAUUUGCAUGAUAAUAAUUUAUCGGGUGAAUUACCCGAUUACGUUAGUAGCUUGGUGAAUUUGCAAAAUCUGAAUCUUUCACGAAAUAAGUUUAGUGGCUCUAUUCCCACCUCUUGGGAUCAACUCUCCAACCUCAAAUAUCUGGAUCUAUCUUCCAACAACCUAAGAGGAAAAAUUCCUGAAAAAUUAUUCUUGGCUCGGGUAUUCAACUUUACGGGAACAUCUCUCGAUUGUGGCACCACGCUGCAACAACAUUGUGUUUCGAGUCCCUCUAUUUCAAGUUCUCCUAAUAAGUCGAAACUAAAGUUGGUUACUAUCGGCGCGACCUGUGGGGCCCUCGUGCUUUUGUUGUUUGGUGCCAUCUUUUUACACCGAUUCAACCUUAAGCGGAAGCUUAACCGUGAUUUGUAUGUUGACGUAGAAGGUGAAGACGACAGUAAAGUUUCGUUUGGCCAACUUAGAAGAUUUUCAUGGCGUGAAGUGCAACUCGCAACUGACAACUUUAAUGAAAGCAAUAUCAUUGGAAGAGGAGGGUUCGGGAAAGUUUAUAAAGGCGUUAUUGCCGACAACACGAAAGUUGCGAUCAAAAGACUCACUGAUUAUCAGAGUCCCGGUGGAGAGGCAGCAUUCUUACGGGAAGUUCAGUUGAUAAGUGUUGCGGUUCAUCGGAAUCUUCUUAGGUUGAUCGGGUUUUCUACGACAUCAUACGAAAGAGUGCUCGUGUAUCCGUUUAUGCAAAAUCUCAGCGUCGCAUAUCACUUACGAGAUUUGAAAAUGGGAGAGAAAGGUUUGGAUUGGACAACAAGAAAACGUAUAGCUUUUGGUGCCGCUCGUGGCCUGGAAUACUUGCACGAGCAUUGCACGCCCAAGAUUCUUCAUCGGGAUCUGAAAGCAGCAAAUAUCCUUUUAGAUGAUGAUUUUGAACCGGUUCUUGGUGAUUUUGGGUUAGCAAAACUUGUGGAUCCCAGCGUGACUCAUAUUACGACUCAAGUACGUGGAACCAUGGGACACAUUGCUCCCGAAUACUUGUCUACCGGAAAAUCGUCAGAAAAAACAGAUGUUUUUGGAUACGGUAUAACGUUGUUGGAACUUGUAACUGGACAGCGUGCAAUCGAUCUGUCUCGGCUAGAAGACGAGGAAGAUGUUCUUCUUCUUGAUCAUAUCAAGAAAUUGCUUAGGGGAAUGCGGCUCACCGAUAUCGUGGAUCCAAACCUCACGGUUUAUGAUGCAAAAGAAGUCGAAACGAUGCUUCAAGUUGCAUUGUUAUGCACCCAAGGUUCACCCGAAGAUCGUCCCAAAAUGGGAGAGAUCAUUCAUAUGCUACGAGGCCAGGGUUUGGCGGAGCGAUGGGCAGAGUGGGAACAGAUCGAAGAAGUUAGAAAUGAAGAGUUCUCUCGUUUGUCACACCAAUUUGCUUGGGGUGAAGACUCAACACAGGAUCAAGAAGCAAUACAAUUGUCACAAGCCAGAUAAAAGUUAUCCGACUAAGAACUUGGAGAUAAAACCGUUUAUACUAAAAAAGGAUUACGUGAACAUGUAAUAAAGUUUUAGUGUAUUUGGGAUUGGGUGUGUGUAUUGUAAGCCUAUGUGAGAUUUUGAUGCUUAUUAUAUAUAUACUUAUUAGAUGUGUUG